UUUUUUUGUCUUUUUCAUUAUACCUUCCUCUUUUUCCCUUUUAUCAAAAAAAGAAAAAAAAAAAGGACAAUUUUAAUUACAUCAAUGACUACUAUUACUGCUACAGCUACUACUACCUCUACUACGCUUCAUCAAUUAUCUAAUAUUGAAAGACCAAAAUUAAAGGAUUCAAAAUCUUAUAUCCAUUUCAUAGCAGGAGGGUAAAGUAUGAUGGUUAAUAAAUAAAGUAAAGGGAAGCAAAAUGGCUUAAAUAUAAAUGUAUAGUGUAGGUGGUCUUGCUGGAGCUGUAUGCACAUCGCCUUUAGAUGUCGUAAAAACUAGAUUACAAUCAACGUUUUAUCAACAAACUUUUAGGCAACCUAGUAUUCAUAGACAUGGAUUGAUUUUUGGACAUUUUAUUGAAACAGGGAAACUGUUAAUGCGCAUCAAGCAAAUAGAAGGAUUUAGAGGAUAUUUUAAAGGGUUGGGGCCUAAUCUUAUUGGGGUUAUUCCUGCUAGAUCAAUUAACUUCUUUACCUAUGGAAAUGGUAAGAAAUUCUUUACUGAAUUAAAUCAAGGGAAAGAAACUACUGCUGUACAUUUAAUUUCUGCGGCUACUGCAGGCAUUGUUACAUCUACAGCAACAAAUCCAAUUUGGGUGAUUAAAACACGAUUACAGUUAGAAGGAGUCAAUAAUAGAAUGCGAAAAUAUGGUAAUAGUCUUGAAUGUCUUUCUCAAAUUCUUCGUGAAGAAGGUGCCCGUGGAUUAUAUAAAGGGAUGAGUGCAUCCUAUUUAGGUGUUAUUGAGGGUACUAUUCAAUGGGUUAUUUAUGAAAAUUUGAAAAGGAAAUGGUGCAGCUCAAAGAACGAUCAUCAAAAGUUGAUUGGUGGUAAAACAAUACAAGAUUGGGCAGGCCAUUUAGGAGCAGCUGCCACAUCUAAAUUUGUGGCUGCCUGUAUUGCUUAUCCACAUGAAGUUAUUCGUACAAGACUUAGACAACCUGCAGAAAAUGGCAUACACAAAUAUACCGGCCUAUUUCAAUGCUUGCGUCUUGUUGUAAAAGAGGAAGGUAUCGUUGCAUUAUAUGGUGGUAUGACUGCUCAUUUAAUGAGAGUUGUUCCUAAUGCUGCUAUCAUGUUCUUUUGCUACGAAGCCAUUGUUCAAAAAUACGGUCAUCAAAAACCUUCAUUAUAGACUGAUUCAUUUUCACUUUUUUUUUUCUUUGCUUUAUUUAUUAUCAUUUAUCCAUUCUCUCACUCUCUUUUUCUUUGUACAUUUUUAUAUAUCUUGUCUAAUCUUAUCUGUCAAAAUAAUUUCACAAGAAAAAAAAAAUACAUAUUUUUUAUAUACAAAUAAAGUGUUGCACUUUAUAAUAAAACCAGUACUAUAGGAGU